AUGAAUCCUAGCGGACAUAUAGUUGUCAUCCGUAGGGAUGGUACUGAUGGUUUAACUUGCGAUUGGUGUUCACCCUUGUGUGAUAUUGGGAGUAACCAGUCUUGUGACAUUCGUGUGCAACACUCAACAGUCGCUCCAUUUCAUUGUACCCUGCAACUACUGAAAGAUGGAUUAGUUCAAGCCGUCAGCAGAGUAGAUGGACGAUACAAAAUGUUGGUUAAUAAUUUCCCGUUGAACGAUUCUUGCGUUUUGACUGAUAAUUGCAUACUAACUGUUGGAGAUCGUCAGUUCCGCUUUUUCUAUCCAUCAAGUCGAAAGACAACAGAUAAUUAUUUACACGAAACGUCAAGCAAAACACCAAAACACUAUAACAAAGAAGAGGUUAUUACUCCAACUUCUCUACCUGUUGUUCAUCCAUCCAAACGUACCACUCCCAGAAAGAUAUUAGUUAAUCCUAAAACUCGCUCCCCUCGACAGAGGUCUGUGACUCCGAAGAGGACUCUAGGGACCAACGAACGUUAUGGUCCAGUUCCUCCUCGUCAACCAGCUACCCCACCAAUAAUUCAAGUACUCCGACACGAACCGAAUUCAUCACAGUCAAAGCAGCUACCUGUAUUGCAAGCAGAAAAUGUCGAGUUUAAUAAGAAAAAUGUAGGUGAUGCUAAAGGUUAUAGCUCUACAGAUGUGAGUGUUUCUAAAUCAAAUCAACCAAAGUCAUCUGUCGUUCCUGACUUGCCAACUCCAACAUGCCGUCCUUCGAGCAGUGUUUUGUCAUCUAUCAAAAUGAGGUCACAAAAUCGUAUUCACACUCCGAUUAUUACAUCUACCUUAUCUAAUGAUCACUUCAACUUCACACCAAACGAAAAUAAACGUUCACCCGGUUUUAGAAAGAGUUUCCAUAAGUUGCUCAUCCUAAAUGAAUCAUCUAACCAAUCCAACCUUUGCAAAAUUGAUCAGUUUUAUGAUGAACUAAGUUAUGUAAAGCAGCAGGUGAUUGAAAGUAAGAGAUCACCAUCUAAUGACCAAGAAAACCAAUCUUAUUACGAUAAAUGCGUUAAUCAUCCCACAGAAGGUUCCCGUGAAUAUAUUCCAGAGUUGCUCACAUCACCGAAUUCCCUGAGGAUUACGAGGAAAUCAUUGUCUGCAAAGUCAUCGCAGAAAAUUAGCAAAGCAUAUUCACCAGAAACAGAACAAGAAUUGAUUAAUCGUAAUAGAAAACGUACCAUAUCCGGUAAAACUUGUCAAGUUGCAGACGACAUGCUUGCUCCUAAACGUCGGAGGGGGGUUUCAUUCGGCCCACCCUUAAGCCCUGAACGAUUUGAUAAAUCUCUCCCCCCAUCUACUCCGGUUAAGCGAGGUGGAACUCCACUAGUCAAACUAAGUCACAGUACCCCAGCAAACCAUAGUUUACAAGUCACUUCAGUUGUUGGGCACUCAGCUACACCAUUUGCUUCCAAAUUGUCAGAAGUAUCACAGUUAUCAGCUUUCUCAAAAACAUGUGAAUCUCCAAAUUAUAGUGUAACACAUAAUCGAGUUUCUGCAGUCAUUUCUCUACCUCCAACACCAGACACUAAUCUUCUAAAUUCCUUAAGUACUGAUAUCAGUUGUGCUCAUCAAAGUUUCACUAAUUUCCCAGUAACUUCCUCAGCUUACUCUGCUCCAAUAAAAAAAUCCUCAGUCAGCCGAAAAAAUUUCAAAAGACAUUCACUUGGUUUCCUAGAAAAAACAAGUAAAACGCCGUCACCGAGAGUCCCACCAACUAGUCCUGCAUCAACCAAACAAAAUAAAAGAAACAAAUCAGCAAACGAACGAAACCCUAAAAUUCAGGAAAAUAAGUCACAAAGCUUCCAUACCAACAGUACAAAAACUUACAAUAAUAACAACUACAACAAACCAUACUCCAGUGUUCCUAAUAGUCUAUUAAAUACUACACAGGAAUACAAACAAAAUAAAAGAACAUCUUCACUGCCAGCUACCAACGUGACAGAGGAGGAGGCAACUACACCUGAGAAGAGAUUGUUUUCUCCACGGAAGGAAUCUGGUUUGACUGGUGUUAGGAAGUUGAUGAGAACUCCAAAGUCGGUGCAAACACCUCGAAUAUCUGGUGUCAGUGAGCUGUUUGUCGAUGAAUCGAGUGUGAAGAGACGUCGUGGACGACCUUCAUCAGUGCCACCGACCAGUGUGACAGAGGAGGAGGCAACUACACCUGAGAAGAGAUUGUUUUCUCCACGGAAGGAAUCUGGUUUGACUGGUGUUAGGAAGUUGAUGAGAACUCCGAAGUCUGUGCAAACACCUCGUAUAUCUGGUGUCAGUGAGCUGUUUGUCGAUGAAUCGAGUGUGAAGAGACGUCGUGGACGACCUUCAUCAGUGCCACCGACCAGUGUGACAGAGGAGGAGGCAACUACACCUGAGAAGAGAUUGUUUUCUCCACGGAAGGAAUCUGGUUUGACUGGUGUUAGGAAGUUGAUGAGAACUCCAAAGUCUGUGCAAACACCUCGAAUAUCUGGUGUCAGUGAGCUGUUUGUCGAUGAAUCGAGUUUGAAGAGACGUCGUGGACGACCUUCAUCAGUGCCCCCGACCAAUGUGACAGAGGAGGAGGCAACUACACCUGAUAGGAGAUUGUUUUCUCCACGGAAGGAAUCUGGUUUGACUGGUGUUAGGAAGUUGAUGAGAACUCCAAAGUCGGUGCAAACACCUCGAAUAUCUGGUGUCAGUGAGCUGUUUGUCGAUGAAUCGAGUUUGAAGAGACGUCGUGGACGACCUUCAUCAGUGCCACCGACCAGUGUGACAGAGGAGGAGGCAACUACACCUGAGAAGAGAUUGUUUUCUCCACGGAAGGAAUCUGGUUUGACUGGUGUUAGGAAGUUGAUGAGAACUCCGAAGUCUGUGCAAACACCUCGAAUAUCUGGUGUCAGUGAGCUGUUUGUCGAUGAAUCGAGUGUGAAGAGACGUCGUGGACGACCUUCAUCAGUGCCACCGACCAGUGUGACAGAGGAGGAGGCAACUACACCUGAGAAGAGAUUGUUUUCUCCACGGAAGGAAUCUGGUUUGACUGGUGUUAGGAAGUUGAUGAGAACUCCGAAGUCUGUGCAAACACCUCGUAUAUCUGGUGUCAGUGAGCUGUUUGUCGAUGAAUCGAGUGUGAAGAGACGUCGUGGACGACCUUCUUCAGUGCCACCGACCAGUGUGACAGAGGAGGAGGCAACUACACCUGAGAAGAGAUUGUUUUCUCCACGGAAGGAAUCUGGUUUGACUGGUGUUAGGAAGUUGAUGAGAACUCCAAAGUCGGUGCAAACACCUCGAAUAUCUGGUGUCAGUGAGCUGUUUGUCGAUGAAUCGAGUGUGAAGAGACGUCGUGGACGACCUUCAUCAGUGCCACCGACCAGUGUGACAGAGGAGGAGGCAACUACACCUGAGAAGAGAUUGUUUUCUCCACGGAAGGAAUCUGGUUUGACUGGUGUUAGGAAGUUGAUGAGAACUCCGAAGUCUGUGCAAACACCUCGUAUAUCUGGUGUCAGUGAGCUGUUUGUCGAUGAAUCGAGUGUGAAGAGACGUCGUGGACGACCUUCAUCAGUGCCCCCGACCAAUGUGACAGAGGAGGAGGCAACUACACCUGAUAGGAGAUUGUUUUCUCCACGGAAGGAAUCUGGUUUGACUGGUGUUAGGAAGUUGAUGAGAACUCCGAAGUCUGUGCAAACACCUCGAAUAUCUGGUGUCAGUGAGCUGUUUGUCGAUGAAUCGAGUGUGAAGAGACGUCGUGGACGACCUUCAUCAGUGCCACCGACCAGUGUGACAGAGGAGGAGGCAACUACACCUGAGAAGAGAUUGUUUUCUCCACGGAAGGAAUCUGGUUUGACUGGUGUUAGGAAGUUGAUGAGAACUCCGAAGUCUGUGCAAACACCUCGUAUAUCUGGUGUCAGUGAGCUGUUUGUCGAUGAAUCGAGUGUGAAGAGACGUCGUGGACGACCUUCAUCAGUGCCACCGACCAGUGUGACAGAGGAGGAGGCAACUACACCUGAGAAGAGAUUGUUUUCUCCACGGAAGGAAUCUGGUUUGACUGGUGUUAGGAAGUUGAUGAGAACUCCGAAGUCUGUGCAAACACCUCGAAUAUCUGGUGUCAGUGAGCUGUUUGUCGAUGAAUCGAGUGUGAAGAGACGUCGUGGACGACCUUCAUCAGUGCCCCCGACCAAUGUGACAGAGGAGGAGGCAACUACACCUGAUAGGAGAUUGUUUUCUCCACGGAAGGAAUCUGGUUUGACUGGUGUUAGGAAGUUGAUGAGAACUCCAAAGUCUGUGCAAACACCUCGAAUAUCUGGUGUCAGUGAGCUGUUUGUCGAUGAAUCGAGUGUGAAGAGACGUCGUGGACGACCUUCAUCAGUGCCACCGACCAGUGUGACAGAGGAGGAGGCAACUACACCUGAGAAGAGAUUGUUUUCUCCACGGAAGGAAUCUGGUUUGACUGGUGUUAGGAAGUUGAUGAGAACUCCGAAGUCUGUGCGAACACCUCGUAUAUCUGGUGUCAGUGAGCUGUUUGUCGAUGAAUCGAGUGUGAAGAGACGUCGUGGACGACCUUCAUCAGUGCCCCCGACCAAUGUGACAGAGGAGGAGGCAACUACACCUGAGAAGAGAUUGUUUUCUCCACGGAAGGAAUCUGGUUUGACUGGUGUUAGGAAGUUGAUGAGAACUCCAAAGUCGGUGCAAACACCUCGUAUAUCUGGUGUCAGUGAGCUGUUUGUCGAUGAAUCGAGUGUGAAGAGACGUCGUGGACGACCUUCAUCAGUGCCACCGACCAAUGUGACAGAGGAGGAGGCAACUACACCUGAGAAGAGAUUGUUUUCUCCACGGAAGGAAUCUGGUUUGACUGGUGUUAGGAAGUUGAUGAGAACUCCGAAGUCUGUGCAAACACCUCGUAUAUCUGGUGUCAGUGAGCUGUUUGUCGAGGAACCUAGUGUUAACUUACAUUAUCGUUCACAGAAACUGUCUGCUGUUAGUGUAUUAUCUCGUAGGCACUGUAAAUUGUGUCAUUUUUUGCUCUCUCAAUGUAAAUGUGAUUGUGAUUUUAAAAACCUCGUCACGAAGUGUUCGAGAAGAAAAGUUUCUGGCGAUGUCGUAGAUUUGUUUUCUUCCAUUCGUACGCGUCGUUUCGUUAAAAUAGCGGAAUCUUCAAUCGGUAAAUCUGCUGGCUCUGAUUGUUCAAUUUCGAAAAAAUCUUCCAGAAAAGUUGCAUCUCAAUCGACUAAUGAAGUUACCGUACAACCGUCGAAUACUAAGUCAAAAACUAAGAAGCAAGUUUCCACUAUGGAUUCUCUGUCUGAUCGCUCGGUGAGUAUAGUAAAGUCUCUGGAUAAACGGAUCUCUAAAGAACUCCCUGAAGUGGUUGUUCCGUUCCCGAAUACUGUGAUGGAAAAUCAUUCUCGGAAAGGGAAAACUUUCCCAUAUACUUCUCGGUUAACUCCUGAUGAUAAUAUACCAAAUUCAUGUGAUCAGUCUGCACCUUUAAAAAUUGGUUUUGUUGAGCAUUCACAUCGUACGGUGUCCCUUAGCUCGAACACGUCUAAGGAUCGUGAGUCUGUUACCGUUGCUCCUGUCGCAAGGCGUCUCCGUAAUAGAAAGAUCCCGUCAAGUAUUGAAUGUUUGUCAUCUAGUCGUACGCGACGUGCAGUUAAAGUACCGGAUCCUUUGAUCAGUGAAUCCGCCACUACAGACAAUUCCGAUAAGAGUUCCAUGAUGAAAACAUCCUCUAAAAAAGUUGUAUCUCAAUCGAAUAAUGAAGUUCCCACACAACCGUCGAAAACUAAAUCAAAAACCAAGAAGAACGUUCCCACUAUGGAUUCGCAGUAUCCUGAUUCUCUCUCCGAUCAUUCGGUCAAUGCAACGAAGUCUGCAAACAACUGCACCUCAAAAAAAUCUAUAAAGAGACUAGCUGAUGUUCGUAGAGUCUCUUCCAGUGUUCCAUUGGCCAAACGUCUACGGAGUAGAGUUGAUCAGUUGGAUAUUAAAUGUGUAACAUCUGAACACACACAAAAUGAAGAAAGCUCUUUACCUGUGAAAAACCAACCUGGUGAGGUGAAGAAGAGGAAUGGUACCAAAACAAAUAAUGCUCAAAACCGUAAACAGCUAAUCACUUCAAAAUCAAAGGUACUUCCAACUACUUCAACUAAUGAAUCUAAAAAUAUUACAUCGAAGGUUAAAACAAAUUCACGACGUAUUAAACGCACUUCUGUUAUACCUAUUGAUAAUAUAGCUAAUGUUUCACCAAAAAAACGUGUUCUUCGUUCCCGUAAGUUAAUAACUACUAAUUCAGUAAUAAGUAAACCAAUUGAAGAAAAAAUAUCAACUUCUAAAAUCACUAAUAAAUCCAAAUUAAAGACCACUCCUACUAAUAGGUCAAUAGCAUCAAAAUCAUCUCAAUCUAAACAAUCACCAGUUUCAAUUCGUCAAACUCGUUCAAGAAAAAAUAAUCUAUUAAAAUAAAUAAUGAUUUUAUUCAUUAAUUCAUAAAUAACCAAAAUAAAAUUCGACCUAUUUUUAACACCUUUAUGUAUUUAUGUUUAAUGUAUUAUUUAUUCAAAGGAACAAUCCAUUAUCCUUAUUCCAUUCAAAGAGUAC